UGCAAGAAGGAGACUAUUACUUGUGUUCAGUUUGAAUAAAUUGCACUUAUGUAAUAUAUUUUUGAUUUCUUUAUUCUGAAAGUUUAUGUCAGAACUCAGGUGGGAGAUUGCAGGUGGGAUGAGCUAUCUGUGGUUCCUUCUGCUCUGCAGUUUGGCUGGGUCAGGACUCUGUCUCACAAACCAUGGAUCACAACACAGUCAGGUACAACUGGAGAACAACCAAGAACUUUCAAGGCUUCAUUCUAGAAAAUAUUGUGAUCCUACAUACAACAAUCACACUGGAGGAGAUAUACAGGACUGUGGGCCUGGACAGUACCGAGUGAGAUGGGGACCAUACAGAGGACAGUGUGUCCCAUGUAAUUGCAAUGGCCUCUCCAGUGAGUGUGACAAAAGCACAGGAAAAUGCCUGAACUGCCAGUUGAACACAGCGGGGGAUCACUGUGAGCGCUGUGCUGAGGGACACUAUGGCAGCGCUGCUCUCAGGACAUGCCGACUGUGUCCGUGUCCCUUCUCACAUCCAUCUCACCGUUUUGCCAUUGGUUGUCUGCAUAUUGGGGAUCUUGUUGAAUGCCUGUGCAAGGCUGGUUAUUCUGGAACCCGCUGUGAAAGGUGUGCUACUGGUUAUUACGGUGACCCUCUUGCAGAUGGAGGGAGUUGUCAGCUCUGCAACUGCAAUCAUGGAUACAUCUGUGACCCCAUUACAGGCGAAUGUAAAUCUCCAAAUGAUCCGAGUACUGAUGGUGACUGCCAAGAGUGUGAUAGUUGCUUUCAGACAUUAAUGGAUGAUUUAGAGGCGAUGGAUGAUGAGCUCUCCAUUCUCAAGGACCAGCUCAAGUUACAGAAAAACAUCUCCGUAAUUCUUACUGCUCUGAGAAUACUAGAAGAUGACAUUACUGCUACAAAGGAACUAGUAAAGAAUAACAGAAUAUCUGCUCAAGAGCUAAAGCAAAAGGUGAAUGAACUUGAGGCAGACAUGGAUGGUGUCAGAAAAGACAUGAUGAAUCUUAAGCUGAAGGCGGAUCUAACUUCCUUAACCAGUAAGGAUUUAUUAAAGGAUCUGAGAAAAACACACAAAAGGGGGAAGAACCUGCUCACUGAUACUAAAGAACUUUUGAAUAGAAUAAAAGAAUCCCUGCAACCACUGAGGAUCAGUAUUGACUCCAGUCUGUCUGGCAAGAUGCUGGUUGGCAUGCUGGAGGAAGCACAAUGGAUGGUGGACAAGAUGCAGAAGCAAAAUUGUAAGAUGCAGAGGAAGCUGGCUGAGAAUGAACUCUGGGAAGCACAGAAACUUCUAAACUACAUCAUGAACAAUCUCACCAAUCCUCUGGACAGUACCAGGGUUACUGCAGAACAAAUUGCUCUAGACCUGAUGUCCUGGAACAGUGGGCUUAAAGAGCUAAAGGAAGCAUUGAAACAGGCAGAGAAAGCUGUAAACAAAACCAUUCUCAUGAAUGUUGGUAAUGAAGAGCUUCUGUCUGAUAUUAUGAAUCAACGUAUGAAGUUUGAGAACAAGCAGGAUGACAUCUUGUCCUAUCUGGCAAUAAUUAGAGGAAAACUGAGAGACACAGCUGAACUUCGGAAUAUGAUGAACAGCCUCAAAAAUGACUAUGCACAUCUUGCAGCUGAACUAGAUGGAGCAAAGGUGCAGCUGAACCAGAGACUUUUUGAGCUUUCUAAUGCCACAGCCAUGGACAUUAUUGUCAGAAACGCAGAGGAGCAUGCACAGGAGCUCAUGGAUCUCGCAAUGCAUUUUCAAAUGUCUCUUCUAAAUUUCACCAACACUUCAGCUGUUCAUAAAGCAAUAGAUAUGAUCAUUGCUUUUGGAGACAUUGUUAAUGCUAUUAAAGAAGCUGAGGCAGUAGCUAAUAGAGCCAACAAAGCUGCAGCCUACGCCUUAGUGGAUGUGGAAGCACAAGACCUGACCAAAAAGGCAGAAGAACUAAAAGAGUUUUCAAACAGCCAAGAUGACAAAGCUAAGAAAGCAGAAAAAAAUCUAAAAGAGGCUGCAGAAAAGUAUGAUACUAUUAAAGAGAAGUUGGACAAAGCACAGGGCAAAAAAAUGAACAUGCAAAAAGAUAUCCAGUCUAUCAAGGAUGAGCUAAACAUAAUCAACCGAGAUCAUAUUGCUGCCAUUCUGAAACAAGCUAAAGAUGCUGUCCAGGCUGCCAACAAAACAGUCAACAAUGAUAUAGCACGUUUAAGGACCAUUAAUCGGGAGUUGGACAGGAUCAAAAUACCCAGCAGUGGUGAUUCAAAUGUGGACAACAUACUUAAUAGCAUCAACAAAACAUUGGAUGAACUGAACAAAUCCUUCCCCAACCUGACUGAUACUUUGGCUACAGUGGAGAAUCAGAGCAGCCGGCUACCCAACAGAGCCAACAUGUCUGAUAGCAUUAUGAGAAUCAAAGACAUGAUUGAGAGAACCAGAGAACUAGCCAACAUAAUUAGGGGACCCAUCUUAUUUUCCGGUGAAAGCCACAUAGAGCUGCGUCCUCCCAAAAACCUGGAUGAUCUACAGGCAUUCACUGCCAUGGACCUGAUGCUCCAUCGGCCCAAAAAAGGCAGGCGCAGUAAACGCCAGAGCGGAGAGGAUGAAAAUCUGUUUGUCCUUUACUUUGGAAACAAGAAUACGAAACAAGACUUUAUUGGAAUAGUGGUCACAAAUGGUGUCCUGUAUUGUGUUUACAAACUGCGGGGAAUAACCUACAAAAUAAAGACUUAUGAAAUUACCCGAUCCAGCAUUGACAGCGCCUUUAUGGACAGAGUGGACUUCCGUAGAAUUUACCAGGAUGCUGAAGUCAUCUAUACCAAGCAUUAUACCUCAACUGAACCCAAGAAGUUGCCAACAAUCAUAAAUCAACCUAAUACAACAGUAAACCUGCUGGAUCUGGACAGUGGUGAGGUUGUUUUCUAUGUGGGCGGUUAUCCAGAUGACUUUACUCCACCGAAGGAACUCCAGUAUCCAAAAUUUAAGGGAUGCAUCGAGUUUAACACAUUAAAUCAAUACAUUGUUAGCCUAUACAACUUCCAGAGUGCUGUCAACAUUAAAAAUACAGACCGAUGUUUAAGAGGUGAAACCCGAGAGGUGGCAAAAUACUUUGAUGGUACGGGCUAUGGCAAGAUUGAUGUGGUCAGCAGUAGAUCUGUCAGGUUCUUUGUUCUAAGUCGACAAGAGGAUGUCUUGCUGCUAUUUAUGGGGAAUGAGGACUCUCACUUCACUCUAACUGUUGAAAGAGGAUAUGUUGUUUUGCGGCACACAGAGAAUAACCAAACACAAAUUUUAAAAAGUAAAGGAAAAGUUUUUCCUGUGGCCUAUUUCCAGAACAUUAAAAUCCUCCAGUCGGCUAAACAAACUGAGAUGAAUGUUUCUAGGUUUUGGGUCAACAUUCUGAUCAACUACAGGGUGUAUACACAAGCAUUUAUAGGAGGAAUCCCUGCAGCAAUUGCAGAGAGACUAAAUAUUAACUAUCCAGCACUUAGAGGAUGUCUUAAAGGGCUUGAGGUGGAUGUUGCCAUAAAAUUUUCAGAGGCAAUUGGAAUUCAUCCUGGUUGUCCACUGGCUUUACUGGGUGUUCAUGAAGUUACUCUGGAGACAGGAAGCUCCCUUGCACUUACUGCUAACAUGACAUUGCCAAAUUCAGGCACAAUUGUUUCACUUGGCUUCAGAUCCACGCAGAGCAAUGGUGUCUUACUGCAUACUGGGGACAUGGAUUUGAACAGUGGAUUUGAACUGUCUCUGGUCGAUGGACAUGUCGAGAUGAAAGACAGUACAACCAAUUUAAAGUCCAAAAACAGAUACGAUGAGGGAAGGUGGCACUAUGUGACAGCUUUUAGAAACAGCACAGGAAUGGAGCUAAAUGUUGACAAUACAGACAGAGGAGAUGCACAGAUACUGUCCACAGGUGCUAUAGUCCAAGACAGUAAUGUAAUUUUAGGAAAAGAUACAUUCAGAGGCUGUCUAAGAAACUUUUACACAAGGGGAAUGGCAAAUAGAUACAUCCCGAUUGAUCUGAGCAAUUUCACUCAGACAGGAGAUGUGUCUUUUGGGUUGUGUAACACUCAGCAGCAGCCUCUGUCCAUCAUUGCAAGAAGUGGUUUAAGACGAAGAGGGCAUGAUAAGUCCAACGUCAGAAAGAAAGACUGCAGUGAGCCAGUGGGUCACAUCCAGGCCUAUCAUCUUAACAUGAACAGUCAACUGCAGUACAUGAUAUCUCCAGAAGACCUUAAUUACAGACCUCAUAUUUUCCUGGACAUGCGGACGAGGUCAGCCGAUGGCCUGCUGCUCCACAUCACAGAUAAGCAAGGUUUUGCUCGUGUCAUCCUAUUCAUUAGCAGCGGCCGAGUCAAACUUUUUGUCGGUAAUGGAACACUGAUCUACUAUCAAAAGAAGAUUAAUAAUGGCGCCUGGCACAAUAUCAGGUUUAGUGUUGAACAGCACGCCACACACCUGGUGGUGGAUGGUUUUCGGGUGCCGGAUGGACAGCUGCAGAAAGAUGAAGGGAUCUCGAUGGAGCUUCGGCCUCCUAUUUAUUUUGGAGCCGGAAAGAUUAAAUUGCACACUGGCACUCAGGGCAAACGUUUCCCUCGGAAAAGUGCGAUAGGAUGCAUCCGCAACAUCAGGUUUAAUGAAUUUCAUACUGGAGAGCCUACUGUCAGUCAUGGAGGAGCUCCCUGUUUUGAUGGGGUAGCUGAGGAAGGGGUGUACUUUGCUGGAGGUGGCUCUUAUAUGAUUUUAGAGAAACACUUUAUGUUGGGUGCUGAGUUCGAUUUAACUUUUGAAAUUCGUCCCAGAAGCAUUACAGGUUUACUUUUUCACUGUAAAAGUCACCAAGGUUACAGCCUCAGUGUUUUCCUGAAGAAAGGCAAAAUGGUGGUCCAGAUGAAUGAUGGUGCAGGAGACUACAGCACAUCUGUAACUCCUCCACUGCUGCUCUGUGCAGAAUCCUUCCAUCAUGUGACAGUGACAAAAAAAGGAAAUGUUAUCAAGCUGAAGAUGGAACACAAUUCCAACAGUGCUGUUGGGCCUAAAGUGUACUCCACUUUUAAGACUCGUCACACACUUUACAUUGGAGGCAUACCAGAGACCAAGAGGAAGAGAGUGCCUGUGUGGAGCUCCUACGUGGGAUGUUUGAGAAAUGUGCAAAUAAACCAGGCUGCUCUAUCAUUUAAAUCUGUUAGGAGUGUGUUUGGUUCUGUCAACGUCAGUGAGUGUCCAGCAGAGUAGUAUAAAGCCUGUUAAUAUUAGUAAUCAAUUUUUCAGGAGGAACCAGACUCAAAAUGUAAUAGCCAUUGUACUGAAAGUAUGUGAAAGUGUGAAUGUGUACAAGAAUCCUGGCGUGAACACAGGAUGGACUUUAUAAAUACAGCAGCAGUAGCUCUUAGGUACAAAUCUACAGUAUCCAGGUAAGAUUAUUCAUAGAAGCAAAGGUGAAAUAUGGACAUAAAUUCUUUUUGUUAAUCUUUAAGCUACCCAUGUGGAACCAACUGGUAUGAUUUCAGUGGUACUUUGAAUCUAUAUGUUAAAGGUAUUUGGGUUUUUCAUCAAUGUUUACACCAGUAUAAUGAUGAAAAUGACUUAGUAAUUAACAAUGGUCAGCUUUUUUUUUGUUUUCACUAGUUCCUGUCUGUGCUCUUGAUGAAACAUUUUUUUACAUGACUAUAUAAUGUAUUUUGGUGUUUUGUGAGAAAAAUUAUUCUCUCUGAAUUUAUAAACUCUGAUGUGAUCUCUAAUUUA